UUCAGAGUUAGAACGUCUGAGAGCAGCACCUCAUCUCAAAACUUUAAGGAGGACACAUUAACAUGCAACACUUCUCUGCAGCUGACUCAUGCCAGCAGGGCUGCAUCAGGAUGACCCUGGAGAAUGCUGAUCUCUGGAAGUCCUUUCACAGCACUGGAACAGAGAUGAUUAUAACAAAGCAUGGAAGGAGAAUGUUUCCACUCUGUAGUGUCAGUCUAUCUGGGCUUCAACCUUUUGCCAAUUAUGUCAUCAUGAUGGAUAUGGUUCCUGCAGACAGUUUCAAAUACAAGUGGAAAAAAGAACAGUGGGAGAUCGUGGGGAAGGCAGAGCCCCAGCCCCCGUGUCGGAUAUACAUGCACCCAGACUCCCCUGCCACAGGAAAUCACUGGAUGAAGCAGUCAUUGUCUUUCCUCAAGGUGAAGCUCACCAACAACACCUUGGAUCAGCGCGGUCACAUCAUCCUGCACUCCAUGCAUCGCUAUUACCCAAGGUUUCAUGUCAUCCAGGCAGACAGUCCUUACACUGUCUGCUGGGACCCAGUUCAGACUUUCUCUUUUCCAGAGACAACCUUCACUGCAGUGACUGCUUAUCAGAAUCCAAUGAUAACCAAAUUGAAGAUUGACCACAACCCGUUUGCUAAAGCAUUCAGGGAGGGUGGCACCCAUUCCCCCAGUAAAAGAUCAAAUCGAAGUCCUCCUGCAAAGAGAACUGCAAUGGAUGUAAAAGCUCUUUGCAACAGUCCUCCAGGCCUGCAGAGGAUGCCCUCCACCUCUCAGUCAGCUCAGAUAGAAAAGAAUCACGCCUCCACACAGCAGUCACUGAAGGAGGUUCACUUUCCAGCCUGGGGUCUGGAGCAGGAUCCAUCUGAGGGUCUCCACACUGAGCCCCUGGAGUUGCAUGAGUAUGACUACAGCUGUGAAGAACAGAUGGUGCCUGCAUCCGUGGCAUACCAGCCCUACAGAUCUGUGGAGUACACAAGAUUCCCACCCGCUUCCAAUGACACAGAUGGAGCACACAGCCUUGGCCAUCCUUCACAUCCUCCACUCACCACAGCUGAACACAGCACCCAGCAACAUGGCUACCACCACCAAGUCAACACAGCAGGUUGGACCCAGUACCCACUCUUCUCCUACUCCUGUUGGUGAAUUUUCACAUUUGCAAUGAUGACACCAUUGAUGGAGGAUAAAACCACUAAACUAACUGACAGGCCACUGCAGUUAAAAAAAUUAUAAGUUCAUAUAAAGGUCAUGAAUUUCAAUAACAUUAUAAUGUACAGACAGGUGACACAUUAAAGGAAAAACCUGUUAUAUAUGAGUGCUCUCUUCCAGGAUAACAGUGCCCCCAUCCAUAUAGGGCAUGAGGGGUCUCUGAAUGGUUUGAUGAAUAUGAAAAUGAUGUGAAUCAUAUGUUCUUCACAGUCAACAGAUCUCAACCCAUUUGAACACCUAUGAGAGAUUUUGGACCGAUGUGUUAGACAGCAUCACCAUCUCCAUUGUUCAAAACCUUUGAAAGAAUAGUGUUAGUUCAGAGACUUGUAGAAUCAAUGCCAGGGUGCACUGAAGCUGUUCUGGUGGCAUUGGGUGGCCCAGUACCUUACUAAGACCAUUUAUGUUGGUUUUUCCUUUUAUUUGUCACAUGUCUGCAUAUGGUGAUAACCUGGAAAACAAUGAAAUUCCUCUCAAAUGGAAAUGUAUAUAUUUGUCUUUGUAUCCUUGAUUAUACAUAUGCUAGUACAGUUGGAGCUUUCAUAGAUGUCUGUGCUAAAGUAGGUACAGGGUUUUGAGAUAAUGUGCUGUAUCCAGUCCGUUGGGAAAUUAUGGGCUCAAGGGUCUCAGGGUCUGUUUAGCUUGUAAAAGCAU